AGUUGCGCAUGUGUAAUACUGAUCAAAAGUAUUGAUAACGCAUGUAUAUGUGUAAUUUGUUGUAUCUCUACGCUGAUAUUUGAAGAAAAAUGUCAAGGAAAUUGAAUAAAUCUUGGACUGAUCGCAACAGUCUUGCUCCUUUCGAGGAUAGGCGUUAUAUCAUUAGUCAUGAUGAUCAUAUGGGAAGAAAUAAUAAAGGAAUUAAUUUGGGAGAACCCAGACCUUGCAUCCAGCCAUCAUUUAAGAUUAGAUUUAACAGGUUUUUGGAGAAAUCAUUUUCUCGAGAAAGAAACAAUCCUCCAUAUGGAAACAGGAACUUCAAAGGAAUCCAAUUUGGACCUAGAUUACAGUUUAUAGUUAACAAAUGCAAUUGGUAUAGAAUCAGCAUACCAUUUGGCCACAAAUAUAAAAGAGAUUAUGUUUUAAAUUCUCUAUUAAGCUACAUGGCACCUGAAGUAUUCGUUCCAAUAAUGUAUAACAUAACGACAUACGAAGCCAAUUUCUAUGUUGAUGAUUAUAAGACAGCAAACGCAUUGCUAAAUUGUGAUCGCAAGAUCACAAUGGUAGAUGGCUUCAAACUACAAGUGAGAGUAAAACCAGGAUUUCCACAAUACGAGAUUAAUGACAAAUAUAAGGAACGACUAAAACAAGUCAUAUCCAAGAGAUACGUGCAAGAAACAAAUGCUUUGGAUUUGUCAAAAUUUCAUCAAGAUCCUGAUCUCGUUGAUGAUUAUUGUUGUGCAUUAUUCCGUCCUUCAAUAUUGAUGGCUGUGUUAGAUAUCGUAGGCGAACAUAUACCAACGUUAGAAGUCUUGAACUUAGAAAGCAAUAAGCUGCUUAACAUCAAUAAACUCAGCGAAUUAAAUAAAAAAUUCUCAAAGUUGAAAAUUCUUUACAUUGGCGAUAACAAAAUAAAAGACAUCUAUCAGAUAGAUGCUAUUAAAGACUUAAAACUGGAAGAACUCAAAUUGACUGGAAACCCUGUCUGUAACAAGUAUACAUCUCAACAAAAUGAAUACAUUUGCGACAUCCGGAAACGGUUUCCAAACCUGCUGCGUUUGGAUGACACGGAAUUACCACGACCAAUUGUAUUCGAUGUGAUUGACACUGCAAAAAUACCAAAAUCACAAAAGAUACUUUUUACUGAUACGAACGCGCAACAAAUCGCGUAUCGGUUUUUACAACAAUAUUUUACGAUAUUGGAUAGCGAGAAUCGUCAAUUCCUACUUGAUGCGUAUGACGAACAGGCAUACUUUAGUAUGACGAUAACUGCUUCCUAUACUAACAAAUUAAAUCGAUAUCUCAUGAAUAGCCGGAAUUUAUUUAGGAUAUGUGACACAGUCAAAAGACAGAAAUCAUUGAAGUAUGGUAGAUUACCAGUAGUUUCUUUCAUAUCAGAAAUGCCACGAACAAGGCAUCUCCUAGAUACUUUUACUAUGGAUAUUGCACUUGCUACACAAACAAUGAUGUUUAUCACAGUAACAGGCUAUUUCCAAGAGCUUGAUAACAAGGAACAGUCUAUUCGCCACUUCAAUCGAACAUUCAUAAUUGUUCCGGAAGGUGACGGAUACUGUAUUCGCAAUGAACAAUUGCAUAUUAGUCAGCCAUCUGAGGCACAACUGAAGCAACUAAACCAACAGAUCCAGCCAAAGACACCGGAGCUGUUGCCUGCUGAGGCAGCGAAAUCUACAGAUCCGGAAUUAAGCAAAGUUGUAAAACAGCAAAUGAUAGUGGUAUUGAGUCAGCAAACAAACAUGAAUUUGGAAUGGAGUUUAAAGUGCUUAGAAGAGAUGCAGUGGAACUAUGAUAAUGCAUUCUCUGCAUUUCAAGAGUUCUUCAAACGUGGUCAAAUACCAUCAGAAGCGUUUACGAAAUGUACAUAAGUAAAACAAUUCAUCACUGUGAUAAUAAUAAUAUAAAAAAAACGCGCAGAAUGGAACUUCUUGUAAAGCAUAGAACUUUGUAAUACUAUUCAUGUUUGCUUGUGUUUAUAUUUUAUAUUUAUAUUUUAUUAAAACCUGAAGAAAAAGUAUUAAUAUUAGAAAAAUGGUACAAUUAUUUAUAUGGAAUUCGUCUUGUUUCAAUUUACAUUAACAGAGAUGCUUAUAAAAUACAUGCAACCAGAAGUUUGUUAAGAAUUACCAGCAGGAUUUUGAAGGAUGUGAUUUUUUUUUUUUUAGGUUGCAAUUCUUAUGAGUUUUUAAUAAACUUCUAGACAUAUAAUAUUUAUACUAUUCAGUGGUACCAAUGAAAGUACUUCAAAACUAUAAAUUUUCUCAAUGGAAUUAUUUAUAAAAUAGCUUACUAUCUGAAAGCUCCUCUAUUUAGAAGAAAGUUUACAAUAGAGAAACAAACGUUGUGUGAAUGAAUGCUUAAUAUAAAUGUAAUAGAAUUAUAACAAAACAAAAAAAUUUUUUAGGGUAUAUAUGAUGAAGUCAUUUGUAAUAAAACAUUCGAAAAACGACGAUAACUGAUAAUACUCUAAAAAAGCAAAACAUUACCUACAUAUAUUUUCAUUGAUGCCAUUGUAUUGAUAAAUGAGUACACUUAUGGAAAUGUACAAAUUACUAUGGAAACAAAGAUUAUAAGUGUAUCUGAUAAUAAAACAAGUCGGAUUCCAACUUAUUUUGAAGAGUGCAAGAUAAAUAAUUUUAAUAUUUUGUUAUAGAUUAUUUUCUCUUCUUAAAUCUUCAAGUUUUGAUAUAUAAUAUAAAAAAUUUUUUUGGACAGUUAGAGUUAUUUAUAUCAUAUACAGGGUAUAAAUAAAAAUAUUGUUAAUUUUAUGUUAAAAUUCGUAGAGCAUACAUAGUAUCUACAUAGAGCAUUAAUAACAAAGAUAUUUUUUUACAUAUAAGAAAAUUACUAACAGUUCUCUUAAUUGCUCCCAUGUUAUACAGAUUUAGCGUUUACAACAUACAUUACAAUUUCUAAUAUAUGUAUGUCAAUUAAUCUUCUCAAUUUUUGAUAUGAAGUAUGGUUGAAGAAAGAAAUUAUAUAUGUUUUUAUACUCAUAACAUCUUUAUGCUAUUGAUUCAUUGACAUUAUAUAUAUACAUAUAUAUAAAGAUGACAGAUAUAUUACAGUAAAUUUAUAUUUUAAUUAAACUUGCAGAUACAAAAAAAAAUUAGAAAUUUUGCUUACGAAAGAUCUUCAAUAUAGGAUUUUAUAUUUUAUAAAAUUUUAUAAAAAAUGAUAUAUUUUAUAAAAUCCCCUAUACUAUCUAUAAGUAGACUGAAAAAAAAUUUUAUUUGUAUCUGCAAGGAGACUUUUCUAUAAUUUUCUGACAUCACUAGAUGUAUAGCUAACAUAAAAAAACUUUAUAUCGAAAAGAUUAAAUUGAUACAGUUCUUUUAUGCGUUAUUUCUUUAAAAUUAUAUUUUUUGGAGAUAGAAUAUUAUAUUCAUGCUCUAAUAACAUAUUAGAUCUCACUUGCGCGGAUAAGCCAGAUGAUGUAUUUGAGGAUCUAAACGCGAUAAUAUAUCGGCACUCUAUUAUA